CAGUCCUCCUUUUAUUCAAGUCGUUGCCUGGGACUUCCUUUGCGGGACUCAGAGUGGUUCACCAUCCCCAUGGAACGCUCCGCAUCUUUGGAUAUAGAGGCGCUCAAGAUGACCCAGGAGCAGUACAUCCUCGCAGCGCAGCCCAACUCCCUCCACCAGCGGGGGGCGUCGGUGUGCGGAGCCCAGGUGUACCCCGCCGUUGGGAUCUACGGCUGGAGGAAGAGAUGCUUGUACUUCUUCAUCCUCCUCCUCCUCGUCACGAUGAUUGUCAACCUCGCGCUGACCAUCUGGAUACUCAAAGUCAUGAAUUUCACUCCGGAUGGAAUGGGCAAACUGCGAGUGACCAAAGAAGGAGUGAGACUAGAAGGGGUGUCUGAAUUCCUAUUGCCUUUAUACGUCAAAGAGAUUCAAUCACGGGGGGACAGUCCAUUGAUCAUGCAGUCUGAUAGAAAUGUGACUAUCAAUGCGAGGAAUGGCGAGGGACAACUCACUGGUCAGCUUACCGUGGGCUCAGAAAUGGUGGAGGUCCAGUGUCAGAGGUUUGAGGUGAAGAGCGCGGAUGGGGAUAGACUCCUUUUCUCCGCGGAUGAAGAGGAGAUCAGCAUCGGCACAGAAAGACUCAGAGUGACAGGUUCUGAAGGGGUGGUGUUUAGCCAUUCGGUACAGACGUCACAUGUGAGGGCAGAACCUUCCCAGGAUCUAAAGCUCGAGUCCCCGACUCGGACGCUAACCCUCGAGGCCCCCCGGGGUGUUGAGCUGAAUGCCGGCGUUGGGGACUUCACCGCAUCCUGUCGGAAGGACCUCUUGCUACAGUCCUCGGAAGGAGAGAUCUUUCUAGAUGCAAAUAACAUCCGUCUGGGCAACAUUCCACUUGGUAGUGCAGUGGACCCAUUGGAAGGAGCGGCAGCAGGUACCACCUACACCAAACAGACGGGGGUGUACGAACUCUGUGCCUGCGCCAAUGGCAAGCUGUACCUAUCCCCGGCGGAGAAAAGCUCGACCUGCCAAACGACGAGUAACUUUUGCCUCUGGAGCUGAAAGUAGAGAGCUAAACAAAAGAGACAGCACCAAUGGAUGAUUGGAGAAAAGCUAAUGCUAGCCAACUGACUGAAUCAAUAUGGAUCAAAGCUGGGCUGAAUCGAUAUCGGAAGCCAGCGGACCAGAUCGCCAUGGACUACAGCAUGGCGACAAAUUCACAUUCUUUAAUGAGUCAAAUAAAAUGGAUAAAUACUUGGCAGGAUGUCAAAGCACCAGUCAGUAUGGAAUGUGAGUUUGUGUGGUCAACCAGUUUCCAGUUAACAGAACAUCAAUCAGCAGGGAUGAGUUCAUGGACCGCCGGAAAUCGAGAAUCAACCACCAGUAAGAGGGAUUGGCCAGCACCAGCGGUUAGUCAACCAGAUGGAUGAAUUUAGUGUCACGCUAAGGAAGUGAAUGGCCAGCAGAACUGAGACAGCUGUUAUGUGUUUCCCACGUACAGCAUUAGGGUCACUUGAAAAAAGCAAAUAUUGAAAGAGAGGCGAGUGUUCACUGAAUGACCAAGAAGCGCUAAAAAAAAAUGGGGACGACCGUAACCCUCACCAGCAGGGAAGCAGACAAGAACCCUGGCUUAACCUCAGCUGAGUACCCCUCCCUUUUGGGUUAGUCUAGUGGGAAGCUGAGGCUAGCUACUGGACCAAUCUAUACCGGAAAGGCCUUCCCCGUCCCACCCUGCUGGAAUUUCCAAUCCAUAUUAUGUAAGACCCCGCCAUGGAGCAGUCACAUAACUGUGCCACAGGAUAACCAAUUGUGCUUUCAACGUUGCGUUCACCUUAUUCCCAUCUCAUUUUUCAACCAAAGUUAACUGCAAUCCGUUUAACAUUCAGCAGCUUCAUCACUUUCCCCCUAUUUUUUUUUUUAAACAUGUAUCCUGAUUUGUUGAGCAGAGACACACUUCUGUAAUUACGUUUGUCUGAUGGUUGUCUCUACUUUGUACCAAUGGUUAUUACCAGAUAUUGUAACGCAUGGCUCACUAACUGGUCUGGUCUGAGUCAGGGGCCAGACACAGAUCUACAGUAUAUGGAACCAGAGACAUAGUCAAGAAAUUAUAGUAGUACCCUAACUUACAAGCAAAUUGAGUUCCACGACUGAGCACAUAGCUCAAAACACUCGUAUCUCAGAUCUAUUGAAAUUAAUUGAAAUCAAUUUAAUUUGUGAUCCCAAAACACCACAAUGUCGACAUACCUUUUAAGAACAAAAACACACUUUUACAUAAGAAAUAUUGUUUGAAAAACAAUACAAUAGCAUUAAGGUAAUAUUGUUCAACAUUUACCUUGGUGAGCAGAUAUUGUAGGUGUCUCCUAAGACAGGGGUUCUUAACCUUUUUGACCACAGGACCCAAAAUCACACUACAGAUAUUAACACGGAACUAGAUAAGGCAAUUCCUGAAAGAAUUGCGUGUGAAUGCUCCAAUGCUGAAGUUGAACUGAAAUCCUGGGAUUUUUUUUAGAAUUGUUGAAAGGGAGCGCACAAAUCCUGAGCAGACUGAAAAUUUUGAAGUUGGAAAUGUUUGAAUCAGAUGAAAAAUAUGGGAGUUGUGGAACUUUGAAGAAUGUCCCAUUCAUUUCAAUGGGAAUUUUCAAAACAUUCGAGAAUUUCGGGAAAAGCAGGAUUUUUUUUGAAAUUGGUAAAAAAAAAAAAAAAAAAACGUGAAUGGUCUGAAUGAGUUGAAUUGGUUGGUGUUGGAAUUUUUUAAAUCGGCCGAGAAAUGUUGAAGUAGUAACAUGUUGAAGUGAGAAAUGGUAUUACGGAAUUCCUGGAAAUUCAGGAAAACUGGGAAUUUUUCAAGUUAAAAAAAAAACUUUGUUUUUCGUCCUAAUUAAAAAGGAAUGUUUGGACGUUAGAACGGUUGAAAUGCGUUGAAAAAUGUGGAAGGAGUAGUCUCCAGAAAAAAGGGUGGAAACAGGGCUUUGGAAAACCAGGAAUUCUGGAAAAUACUGGAAUUUUUUUUAACUUGAAAAAAAUGUUGUUUGAAUCAUCAGGAUGGUGAAAUGUGUUGUUACGUUUUCAAAUGAAUGGUUUUAAUCGGUUGAAAAAUGUGGAAAUGGUGGAAAUUUGAAAAAUGGCCAAUUCAUUUUGAAUGGGAAAAAUGUACCGGAAAACCUGGAAUUCUGGGAAAUCUGGGAAUGUUUGGAAUUUGUCAAGGCAAAGCCCGCGAUUCCCGAAUAGGCUGAACAGUUUGAAGUUGGAACGGUUUGAAUCCGAUGAAAAUUGUGGAAGGUAGAGCGCGCCAAAAUCUGGAGAAGAAGAAGAAAGAAAACCAUACUGUAUGUGUGAAUGCUUUGGAGCAUUCACACAUACAGUCAUCUUACUCAUGAUUUUAAUCACAUUCAAUAAAUGAUAAAUAGGUUAUACUUGUAUCACGCUUUUCUACCUUCAAGGUACUCAAAGCGCUUAUUCCACAUUCACCCAUUCACACACACAAUCACCACCUUGCCAUGCAAGGCUCUAAUCAAGAACCAUCAGGAGCAAGGGUGAGGUGUCUUGCUCAAGGACACAACGGACGUGACUAAGAUGGCGGAAGCCAGGGAUCAAACCCGGACCCUCUACCAACCGAGCAAUAAUUAUAUCUUGAUCUAAUUAUAUAUAUAUCCUUGUCAAAUGAUUUGAAUAUUUUUUUUAAACGCAAAGAUUAUUAUUUAUUUAACAUAUAACCUGCGGCUUAGGUCAGACAGAAAAAUACGUUCUAACAAAACAUACUGCAUAAGAAGGGACUGACAAUUAACUGACAAAAAUUACGAUUACAUAAUAUAAUGUAGGGCUAAAGUAAAUACACUAAAGUUAUAAUAAAUAUUUUUCUUAACUAAACUGUCAAUGAAUAUAAAGUUUAAGUAAUAAUACAGCUUCACCACUUUAGUCAUAAUAUUUGCGCUUAAGAAAUUGUCUUUGACUUUAGCUCCAGACUUGUUCAGUUUGUUUAAGAUUGUCAUUACUAACACAAGUGGUGGAAAGGUGUAGUACCGCUGUGGCACAUAUGGACCACAGCUGGGAAAAAUAUUUUUUGGCGGCCCUUCAGAGAGCACUCGCGGUCCAACAAUGGUUAAGAAACACUGUCUUAAAGGCCUACUGAAAGCCACUACUACCGACCACGCAGUCUGAUAGUUUAUAUAUCAAUGAUGAAAUCUUAACAUUGCAACACAUGCCAAUACGGCCGGGUUAACUUAUGAAGUGCAAUUUUAAAUUUCCUGCGAAACUUCCGGUUGAAAACGUCUAUGUAUUAAGACGUAUGCGUGUGACGUCAAUCGUUGAAACGGAAGUAUUCGGACACAAUUGUAUCCAAUACAAAAAGCUCUGUUUUCAUCGCAAAAUUCCACAGUAUUCUGGACAUCUGUGUUGGUGAAUCUUUUGCAAUUUGUUUAAUGAACAAUGAAGACUGCAAAGAAGAAAGCUAUAGGUGGGAUCAGUGUAUA